AUGGCAAGUCGACUGUCGAGUGACUUGAUGCUGAACAUUGCGGUAGUGUUUUCGUCGGCGGACCAAGAGGACGUACCGUCUGAUACUAUCGAUACGUUCGGCCGUAUAAUAGUUUCGGUACAGACGACGGAACACGCCUCGGGCACGCAGCAAGACCAUACUGAAGUCCACCGGCUUGAAGAAACGGAACAACUGGUAACGGCCAAAUCUAAGAGCAGUCGUUCGACGUGGAAGAGAACGAAGCGCUUCUUCCACCGAUUGCUGUGUAGUGGCACUUAUUAA